AUGUCAUAUAGUUUUGAUCUGGGAAUUAAUUCAUCUUUAAUGCCAUAUAGUUUUGAUCUGGGAAUUAAUUCAUCUUUAAUGCCAUAUAGUUUUGAUCUGGGAAUUGAUACUAUUAGUAAUAAUUCAUACAAGUCAGCAGAAAAAAUUACUGAUAGUUUUGAUCUGGGAAUUAAUACCAUUAAUAAUAAUUCAUGCAAGUCAACAGAAAAAAUUACUGAUA